AAACGAUGAAUCUCUGAGAAUGAGACUCUAAUGGGGCACGACGGAUCGAUGAUAAAUGGCGUGUCAGUCAAAUGACAGGUUGAGCGAAAAAGAUUGCAGCAUUUCAGUGCGCAUCUAUGAAAAUACAUUUUUUCGUGCUCGAACUCAGUUUUUCUCAUCGUUCGUUCCGAGCUGCUCGAUGCUCGUUGGACAACGGAUUGAUUUGAGAAAGUAGAAGAAAAAAAACAAUGGCUCGUCGUUUUUUUACUACCGUCGUACUCGGAAUUACACUGCUGACGAGGGAGGCCUCCGCCUAUGGAUUUUCGGCUGGGAGUUUGAUAUGGAGGCGAAGUGACAAAAUUUUCGUUCCGAUUGAAACAAUCUCGACGUUUCAGGCCGAGCGGCAACAUUAUUUGAAAAAAAGUCGAGAAUCGGAGACUCACAACUUUGGAAAAGAAGUUCUCAAAGUCGCUUAUUACCAAGAAUCAAAUAUUUUCGAUUUUUACGACAAUGACACGAAGGUCACCGGUGUUUGUGGCGAGCUGUGGAACAUACUCGCGGAACAUUUAAAUUUUACAAUGGUUACGACGAGAACAAAGGACACUACAUUUGGGGCACUACUCCCGAAUGGCAGUUACAACGGACUGUUGGGCAUGCUCACUCGCGAUGAAAUACAAAUUAUUCCGAGAAGCGGAUUCUACGUCUUAGAAUCUCGAGCUAUGGCGUACACUACUCCAGUCUGGUACAACAGUUACAGACUUUACAUAAAGCCCGAAUGGAGGGCCAACAGUGCGUGGAUAGUUCACAUGUUUUCACGAAAAGUAUGGUGCUCGCUUCUCUUACUGCUAAUACUGUUGAGCGUUUUUGGCUACGCGAUCCAACGAACCUCGAUGACAGUGGCUGGGGACAAACAUCGAUAUCACAAUUUGCACGACCACUUUUUCUACACUUUUGGGACGUUUUGUUGCCAGGGCUUUAUACCCGACAGCCUCUAUCGUCGUACAAAAAUUCUCGGCUUUUCGAAAAAAAUGUUCGCAUAUUUACUACUCAUGACGAUUAGUUCACACCUGAUAUCGUGGACGACAAAUCAAAAAGUAUAUCCGCCGUUUCAUGAUUUUGGAUCGAUGUUCAAUUCUACAACUUACGAUAUCGUUAUCUUCACUGGGUCAAUAAUCUACGAAAAGUACAAGAAAACGAUAAAAGACUUGGGUUACGAACGACGAUACAAGAAUCGUGAAACUCAUGUUGGCUCACCACAAGAUUUGUACCACAAGGGAUGCUGGGGGAGGAAAAAGUACGCUAUAUUGGACUCGGAGGACAGACAACGUGCGUAUGGAAGAUUUCAGUGCGAUCUCGUAGGCACUGGAGAGGCUUAUUUUUCUACAUGGGUCACUGCAGGAGUAUCAAAAACCUUCAAAUACAAAAGAACACUCGAUAUGGGCAUAUUGAAAAUGAACGAAGCCGGUCUAACGGAUGGUCUGAAAGACCGAUGGAUGGCGACAAGCAUAACGGAUACAAAUCCAAAUGUCGUGACAUCCCUAACUUUCCAUCAAGUUUCGAUGCUUUUUGCGAUCCUCUCAAUCGGUAUGAUCGUCUCGAUUGUUAUAUUUAUUUUCGAAAAUAUAGUCUACUUAUAUUAUCAACGAAAACGACGAAAAAUGAAAGCCAGAAAAACUGUUCAUAUUCGAGGUAAAAUAUUUUUGUAAUUCAAUUUUGUAACGUUCAAGGCAUAUUUACCCUUUUUUCCAUUCUUGCAAACAAUGACAUAUAUAUAGAGCAAUUGUCUUCGCGCGUCUUCACAACCGUAUAAUCCGACGAUGAGUUUGUAUCGAUUAUCAUUACACUUUUAUAGGGCUGCUAGUUUUAUGGAAAAUGUGCAUUUACGAUAAAUCGUCGAUCCGAUAAGCAUAUACAUUAUUGACCUAUUUUGUUAUCUGAAAGAAUUAACGUUUAAUAAAUAAUAGAAAAUUUUUAUAA